CCUCAAGUGAUCUGCCUGCCUUGGCCUCCCAAAGUGCUGAGAUUACAGGUGUGAGCCACCGUGCCUGGUGGUCAGCUAGAACUUUCUAGUCAAAAUUGCAAACCCCAGUUUUAAUGAAAGAGUUUAAAAUAAAGAUAGAGAAAAUAAUUAUUCAAGACUAUUUUCAAAAUCUAUGAGACUAUGUAUAUAAGAUAUUAUUUCUGUAAGACAAGUUCAUUUACUUAAGGAGUUUGUGGCUUUCACUAGAGUCAUUGGUCAGUCUUUCUGAGAACUUUUGGAGACCACGGAAAAUUGCUGAUGUGUGACUCAAUUUUUAUUUUUGGAAAAUAAUAACAGAUUUUCAUAUCCUUACAGUUCAUAGGAACAAAUGUUAACCUUUUGUGUAUUUGCUUCAGAUCUUUUUUACAAUUGAAAUAAACACUGUAGAUAAGGUUGUGGAGUACCAUUUGAAUCCUCAGUUCCAUUCUCCCUUCUUCUCAAAGGUAACCACUAUCAUGAAUUUGAUGUCUUUCUUUCCAGUCCCUGUUUUUAUACUUCUACUAAUUAUAUAUGCAGUCGUAAACCAUAUGUAACAUUUGUAUUUAUACAAUAGCAUUGUACUGCAGGUAUAUUUCUGCGGUUUGUAUUUGGAAACUGUCCAUUUAUUACAUAUAGCUUUUAUUUUUACAUUGCUAUUAGUCUAUCAUUUCUAUAUAUGACAUUAUAUUUAUUGAUUCUACGUGUAACCUCUGAACUGUUUUCAGUUUUUCUCAUUACCAACAGAGAGAUGAAGAAGAUUAAGAAGUUCCUCACAAAAGUCUUCUUAUGUAGGAGAAUUUCUCUGCAGCAGGGUUUCUCCACCUCAGCACUGCUGAGAUUUAAGGCUGGAUAAUUCUUGGUUGUGAGGAGAUAUCUUAUGCAUUUUAGAAUGGUUAGCAGUAUCCCUGGCCUCUACUCACUAGAUGCCAAUAGUACCUUUCCAAUUGUGACAACCAAAAAUGUCUCCUGCCAAACGUCCCCUGUGCAGCAAAAUCACAGCUGGUUGAGAACAACUACAUUACUUGUGUGUACACCGAAGUGGAACUGCUGGUUCAAGACUCAACAGUAGCCUUCCUUGAGGACCUGCCUUUCCCACUUGCUGCCUGAAGUUAAUGUUUCUUGCUGGCCAAAUCAGGGACAUGCCGGCAUUGUAAGGGCUGAUUAUCUGAUCCUCUUACUAAUUUAUUGGUUGGAGUGGGGUGAGCAGGGAGGAAAAGGGAUGCCUUGCUUUUCUUUUAUGGCUCUUUUAGCAUCUCAAGUCAUAGCCCAUAUGCCUCCUUUCUUGUUGAUCUUUCUUCCUAUAGCUUUGUUUUGUUUCCCCUUAUAGUUCCCUCUUAUGCUUUUCAUCUCCAUCCCCAUCCCCACCCACUGCCAGGGGGCUUGGGUUCUGAGCUGAUGGGGUACCCCCCUCUGCAGAGCGGGAUGAGUGGGUGUUCCGGCAGGGAUGUGGUCAUUGAUGGCCAGUGAGGGUGAGAGUACCACGGCCCACUUCUUCCUUGGAGCUGGAGAUGAGGGGCUGGGCAGCCGUGGAACAGGCAUGAGGCCAGAAGAGAGUGACAGCGAGCUCCUUGAGGAUGAGGAGGAUGAAGUGCCUCCUGAACCUCAGAUCAUUGUUGGCAUCUGUGCCAUGACCAAGAAAUCCAAGUCCAAGCCCAUGACUCAAAUCCUAGAGCGACUCUGCAGAUUUGACUACCUGACUGUUAUCAUUCUGGGAGAAGAUGUAAUCCUUAAUGAACCCGUGGAAAACUGGCCAUCCUGCCACUGCCUCAUCUCUUUCCACUCCAAAGGCUUUCCUCUGGACAAAGCUGUUGCUUACUCCAAGCUUCGAAACCCCUUUCUUAUCAAUGAUCUGGCCAUGCAGUAUUACAUCCAAGAUAGGAGGGAGGUGUACCGGAUCCUGCAGGAAGAGGGUAUUGAUCUGCCUCGAUAUGCUGUACUCAACCGUGAUCCUGCCCGGCCUGAGGAAUGCAACCUGAUAGAAGGCGAAGACCAAGUAGAGGUCAAUGGAGCUGUCUUUCCCAAGCCCUUUGUGGAGAAGCCAGUGAGUGCAGAAGACCACAAUGUUUACAUCUACUACCCCAGCUCAGCUGGAGGAGGAAGCCAGCGUCUCUUUCGUAAGAUUGGCAGCCGAAGCAGUGUUUACUCUCCUGAGAGCAGCGUCCGAAAGACGGGGUCGUACAUCUAUGAGGAGUUUAUGCCAACAGAUGGCACAGAUGUCAAGGUGUAUACAGUGGGGCCAGAUUAUGCCCAUGCUGAAGCUAGAAAAUCUCCAGCUUUGGAUGGGAAGGUUGAACGAGACAGUGAGGGGAAAGAGAUUCGAUAUCCAGUCAUGCUGACUGCCAUGGAAAAGCUGGUGGCCAGGAAAGUCUGCGUAGCAUUCAAGCAAACAGUUUGUGGAUUUGACCUUCUUCGUGCCAAUGGUCAUUCCUUUGUGUGUGAUGUCAAUGGCUUUAGUUUUGUCAAGAACUCCAUGAAAUACUACGAUGACUGUGCCAAGAUUCUGGGGAACACCAUAAUGCGGGAGCUUGCCCCACAGUUCCAGAUUCCAUGGUCCAUCCCCACGGAGGCUGAGGACAUUCCCAUUGUUCCCACCACAUCUGGCACUAUGAUGGAACUUCGUUGUGUCAUUGCAAUUAUUCGUCAUGGGGAUCGUACUCCCAAGCAGAAGAUGAAGAUGGAAGUGAAACACCCAAGGUUUUUUGCUCUGUUUGAAAAACAUGGUGGCUACAAGACAGGGAAAUUAAAACUCAAGCGACCUGAGCAGCUCCAGGAGGUGCUGGAUAUCACAAGGCUGUUGUUGGCUGAACUGGAGAAAGAACCAGGUGGUGAGAUCGAGGAGAAGACUGGAAAACUAGAGCAGCUGAAGUCUGUAUUGGAGAUGUAUGGUCACUUCUCAGGUAUAAACCGGAAGGUACAAUUGACUUACUACCCUCAUGGAGUAAAAGCUUCUAAUGAGGGGCAAGAUCCACAGAGGGAAACUCUGGCCCCGUCUCUGUUGCUGGUACUGAAAUAGGGUGGAGAACUGACUCCUGCUGGCCGUGUUCAGGCUGAGGAGCUGGGGCGAGCUUUUCGCUGCAUGUACCCUGGAGGACAGGGCGACUAUGCUGGCUUCCCUGGUUGUGGGCUGCUUCGUCUCCAUAGCACUUUCCGCCACGAUCUCAAGAUCUAUGCCUCUGAUGAGGGUCGUGUUCAGAUGACUGCUGCUGCCUUCGCCAAGGGCCUUCUGGCUCUAGAAGGGGAGCUGACACCCAUUUUGGUACAAAUGGUGAAGAGUGCCAACAUGAAUGGGCUACUGGACAGCGAUGGGGAUUCUUUGAGCAGCUGCCAGCACCGGGUGAAGGCUCGGCUGCACCAUAUUCUACAGCAGGAUGCGCCCUUUGGCCCUGAGGACUACGAUCAGCUGGCUCCCACCAGAAGUACUUCCCUGUUCAACUCCAUGACUAUCAUCCAGAAUCCUGUGAAGGUCUGUGAUCAGGUAUUUGCCCUGAUUGAAAACCUCACCCACCAGAUCCAGGAACGAAUGCAGGACCCCAGGUCUAUAGACCUGCAACUCUACCACAGUGAGACACUAGAGCUAAUGCUACAGCGUUGGAGCAAGCUGGAGCGUGACUUUCGACAGAAGAGUGGGCGCUAUGAUAUCAGUAAGAUCCCUGACAUCUAUGACUGUGUCAAGUAUGAUGUGCAGCACAAUGGGAGUCUGGGACUUCAAGGCACAGCAGAGUUGCUCCGUCUCUCUAAGGCACUGGCUGAUGUGGUCAUUCCUCAGGAGUACGGGAUCAGUCGGGAGGAGAAACUGGAAAUUGCUGUGGGCUUCUGUCUUCCACUGUUGCGGAAGAUACUACUUGACCUGCAGAGAACCCAUGAGGAUGAGUCUGUCAGCAAGCUACAUCCCCUGUGA